GGGUGGCACCGAAUUCCCCGGGCACGUCGCGGGGCCGGGCGGGUCGAGGGCAUAAGAGCACGGGUGCGGCUGGCGCCAGACUCCCCAGCCCGCAGCAUGGCCCGGCGUGGCGGCCUCACGCCGCUCCUGGCGCUCCUGGCGCUCCUGGCGCUGUCCGCGGCGCCGCGUCCGGCGGGCGCGCAGCACAACUGCACGUGCGCCACCAACAAGCUGAGCGUCUGCGGCCCCGGCGGCCCGGGCGGCAGCUGCCAGUGCCGCGCGCUGGGCUCGGGCGUGCUGCUCGACUGCUCCACGCUCACCGCCAAGUGCCUCCUGCUGCAGGCCCGCGCGCGCGCUCCCCCGCGGGGCCGCUCGCUGGUGUCGCCCGGGCCGCUGGCGAUCGUGGACAACGACGGCUUCUACGACCCCGAGUGCGACAGCGAGGGCCGCUUCAAGGCUCUCCAGUGCAACGGGACGUCGGUGUGCUGGUGCGUGAACUCGGUGGGCGUGCGCCGCACCGACAAGGGCGACCGCGGGCUGCACUGCCCCGGCGUGGUGCGCACGCACCGCAUCCUCAUCCACCUGCGCCACAGCCCUGCCGCCGAGCUCAACCACUCCUUCCUGGACGCCGAGCUGCGGCAGCUGUUCCGCCAGCGCUACGGCCUGCGCGCCGCCUCCCUGCACGCUGUGCGCUACGCCGCGCCCACCAUCCAAAUCGAGCUGCGGCAGAACGCGUCGCAGAAGGCGCCCGGCGACGUGGACAUCGGCGAUGCCGCGUACUACUUCGAGCGCGACGUCAAGGGCGAGUCGCUGUUUCCCGGCCACCGCGGCUCGGGCGUGCCAGUGCCCGGGGGGCCCCUGCCCGUGGAACACACGCUUAUCUACUACCUGGACGAGGAGCCCCCCGAGUUCACCAUGCGGCGCCUGACGGCAGGCAUCAUUGCCGUCAUCGCGGUGGUCUCGGUGGCUGUGGUCGCCGGCGUGGUCGUCCUGGUGAUCACCAACUGGAAGAGAUCGGGGAAGUACAAGAAAGUGGAGAUCAAGGAGUUGGGGGAGUUGAGAAGUGAGCCAAGCUUGUAGGUACCCGGUGGGGCACGGACGGGUGGGGAAGCAGACGCCGCAGCAUCCCAGGCCACGGGGAGCACCUGCUUCCUUCUCGGCUGGAAGGAGGCAGUUCUCCUCUCAAGCCCCCGCCGCCCUCGCCAGCUCCCCACUGGGCAGGUUUGAUGGAUCCGGGUCUCAGCGGCACCUAUUUUUGACUUACACCGUGAAGGACAAACUUCUAAAAGUCCUUCUCUUUGGGUCCAAAGUCAAGAAACAGGACUGAGUUAGGGAAGGAUGGUGCAGGGACAGCUAUAAGAAGCAGGUUUCUGACAACCCAGCGUCCUUGGCAAGUGACGGGGCUCGAUCUUCGAGGCUGUCGUGGGUUUAGAUGGAUAGGGCGCUGGUGCUGCCUUAGAUUAGGUGAUUUGAUGAGCUCUCCCGAAUCAGGGCCUUCUCUGGGAAAAGAGGAGCUCGGUAUUGGGGAGCUGGUGUCGGAGGCCUGUCUACCAUCUUUCACGUUUCCCACGGUGUACUUAUCACCUAGAAAGAAUCCUGUCUCCCUGCCUGAAUACAUUCUAGGUAUCUUUGUGGUCUCGCUGCUCAGCAGAGUCGCCUCCUUAGCUCGCCCUGAUUAUGGCUGAUAACAGUAAUGUUUUCUUUUGUAAAAUGUUUGUACAUAUGUCGACUUUGAUAAUGCUACUGUGAUUUUUUAAAAACAUGAAUUUAAUAAAAUAUGGGGGAUGGAGUUUGUGCAAAACCUCCAGAGUUACACCA